GGCAUCUGGCAUUUCCUAGACUAGCAAAGAUAGUUGGCACUUCAGUUCAGUUUAAAAGGCAAAUUGGAAAGGGUUACUCGCAAUCGUAACGGCAAACUACACUGAAAAGUCGUCUUAGUUUGGAAAAAACAUGUCAAAGGAUACUGCCUACAACAUUCCGUCGUGGGUUAAGCCGGAGCUGUUUACCAAUGUCCUUAAGGAUAAUUUGAAGGAUUUCAAAGAAAUUAAACAGUUCAAGGUGUGUCCUGCAUUGGCACCAGGUGAGAAUUAUGCCACCGUAAUGCUCAAGGUCCACAUGGAAUGUCUACUCAACGGAGGUCACAUGGAGAAGUACACGUUGAUGCUAAAGGUGCCGCAUGACAACGAUCUGUAUCGCAAUGAAUUGGUCAAAUGGGAUAUGUUUGCCACCGAAGCGGGAAUGUAUCGCGAAAUAGUGCCAGCAUUUGAGAAACUUUAUGGCGACAAAGGUGUGGCUAUUCGCUUUGGUGCCAAUGCCUAUGAACUGCCUGUGAAGGAAGAGUACAUUCUACUCGAGGAUCUUUGCGUCAGAGGUUUUCGCAAUGUUAAAAGGCAAAAUUGCUUGGACGAGGAUCACUGUAAAAGUGUUCUCAAGAAAAUGGCCCAAUUCCAUGCUGCAUCGGCGGUGUGGGUACAAAAUAAUGGACCGCUUCCUCAAUUGUAUCAAAAAGGCAUGUUACGCGAGGAGGGCAAAGGCCUCUUGGAACCUAUGCUGAAAGAUGGUCUAAAGCAUAUUCUAAAUUCCACCAAGAAAUUGAAAAAUUGCCAAAACCUACAUCCUCAACUAAAGGUAUUUUCUGAAAAUUUUGUGAAGGUCAUCUUUGCAGAGGUCAAGGCCAAAGAGAGUGACUUCAAUGUUCUGAAUCAUGGAGAUUGUUGGGCUAACAAUAUCAUGUUCCGAUAUGACGAACAGGGCAAAUUGUUGGAAAACUAUUUUGUGGACUUUCAAAUGCCCUCGUACGGCUCACCUGCACAAGAUUUGUUGUAUUUUAUGAUGUCAUCGGCUCAGCUUGAUCUAAAAGUUAAUCGCUUCGACGAAAUGAUGCGUUAUUACCAUGAAAACUUGACGCAUCAUCUAAAAUUGUUGGGCUAUCGCAAGAGAAUGCCCUCUUUGAAGGACUUACAUCAAAUGAUCAUUAGAGGUGGCAUAUGGGGUAUCGUGACCAUUGUCAUUACCAUGGCCGCUGUUCUAUGUGAUGGCACCAAUGAAGCUUCUAUAGAUAAUUUUGUUUCUGAUUCAGAACAGAGCCAAAAAUUCAAAGAACUUCUCUAUUCCAAUGAUCGCUUUCUUCAGCAUCUGCAGGUAGUCUUACCUUGGUUGUGUAACAGAGGGGCAUUGGAAAUUUAAUUUAUUAUGUGCAAUGUUAUACUUAAAGUAAAUGUUCAACAAUUAACUAAGAAAUAGUUUAAUAAAAAUAUAUUUGAAAAAUA